CAGUCAGGAAAAACCUUGAAAUGGGCCUAAAUCCCUUGAGACUCUAAGAAUAGGUUAUUCUGCCCACCGUGGGACCCAAUGGGCUUGCACACAUGUUCCCAUGACCCUCUAACCACAGUAUCUCUCUCUCUCUCUCGCUCACUCCCACGUCACUGGCCGGUUUAAAGUAAAUGCGCCUCCCCUCACGCUCAUGAUACGCGCGCUUGCUAAGGUUAGAGACUGAUGGAUUUGAGCGUCUUCAUCAUCGACAUGGUUAUUAGACUCGUUGCAAAGUGCGCGCUCUCACGUCACUGAAGCAAUUAAAACGGACCGUAGCUAAUGAUGUGUUUCCAGUGGAGAAGCAACUGAGGAGAAUGUCUGAGGUAAAUCCCACAGAAAAAGUAGCUGUAACAGUCCCAGAGUCAAAGACUCCACCUCCAAGUACGGAUACAGGGCCUGUGAUUGGUGGACUGCGCCUGCGAUCUGCACCAGGGGCUUGUUUGUUGUUUGCUGCCGUUUUGCUGAUAGUAGGAAUCAGCGUCGCUGUGGUAGGGUAUUGGAACAGUCAAUCCCGUCGACACACGUCACAUCAUGUUUCAACUGGACGCACCUCUUCGGAGAAACUCAAGCUGAUUGGUCCUGUCAUCAUGGGGGUGGGGCUUUUCAUAUUUAUUUGUGCCAAUACAGUUCUCUAUGAAAAUCGUGACAGAGAAAAACAUCAUGAACAUGACCGAGAUAAAGACAACCAGGAGAUCCUGCCACUAGUACAAACUCAUAGGAAUAAUCAUUCAGAACGAUUCUCACAAAUUGAAACCAACACCAACAUACAUACAUUGGACUUGUCUGAACUCAACAUUCAUUGCUUAGAAGAAGGGGUGGGAAUUCCCACCCUAAAGUGCUCUUCCCCAUCCUCUGGCUCAUGUAGCUCCAGUCAGGUGAACUUGGAAACCGGAUCACCCCUCCAAAAUCACAGAAACAUGGAAACAUUGCCCUUGCCUAUCAUUAAACUCAAUGACUGCUUGAUUGGCCCCUCAGACCCAGAGCCUCCACCUCUCCCUGAACGGACAUACCAGAAAAAGAUGGGAGUGGAAUAUAUAACAGAUGUGGAGCUAACACAAGCUAAUCCUGCAGAUUCAUCUCUUAUGACACUGAGCAAAGAAGAGCUAACGGAUCGGUAGUCUUUUACAUCUGUUGUCCUCAUUUAAGGUCCACAUGUGAAUAUCUAUUCAUGUCAAAGUAAUAAAGAUAUUAGGGCUGAGAUUAGAUACAGAUUUCCCAAUUUGAUUCCAAUUUACAAGUUCUCGAUUCGACUCCUAUUUUUUAUUGUAUUUAAAAUGAAAAUUACCCAGUGAUUUACUCAACCUCAAGCCAUCCUAGGUGCAUAUGACUUUCUUCUUUCAGACAAAUACAAUCGGAGUUAUAUUAAUAAUCACCCCGA